ACAUGUUUACAUAUUCUCGAAUCUUGAAUGAUACAAACGUUAUUGUUGGACGAUUUACGUGAAAACGGUGUUAGACAAUAAUUAUUUGUAACUAGAAACUGCAAAAAUGGUGAAUCGCUGUGUGGUGUGCAAAAAAAUCAGCAGUAAAAGCAGAGGGAAAUCCAUGCACCGAAUGCCUAUUGAUAGUGCUCGACAGAAAUUAUGGAUGGACCAGUUAAAACUGAAAAUUUCAGAAUCUUCCAAAUGGGUAUAUGUUUGCUCUGACCAUUUCUGUGACGAAGAUUUCAUCCUUAAAUUUGGAAAAAAAUGUUUGAAAAGUGAAGCUAUUCCAUCCAGGAUUUCAUUGCCUGAUCCUUGUUCAAGUAACACAUUAGCGGCUUCAGACGAAAGGUAUAUGACCCAGGACCCAUCAGAUGUUGGUAAAGUUGGGGAGUCCUCAAAAUUGAUUGGUUCUGAAUUAUCAGAAACUUCAGAUUUGUCUGCUACCGCAAGUGCUUCAGAUUUGUCUGCUACCGCAAGUGCUUCAGAUUUAUCUGCCACAUUGACUGCUUCCGAUUUAUCUGCUACAGACAUGUCUGUUGCUUUGGCCGCUUCAGAUUUAUCAGGCAAAGUCGAUUCCUUAGAAGUAUUUGAUACUGAAAAAUUUGCAGCACCACAUACAAAUACUUCAUGUUGCACAUCGACUGCUUCAGAUGGAAGGAGUGUGACCCAGACACUCUCAGAUAUUGGUAGAGUAGAGGAAUUCCCAAAACUGAGUGGUUCUGAACUAUCUAAAACUUCAACAGCUUCAGAUUUGUCUGCUACAUUACUGCUUCAGAUUUGUCUGCUACAUGCAAUGAUUGCACCAGUCUGUUGA